UGACAACAAAAGUUGCAGCGAAGCGAAAACUAAAACUCGAACUGAAAUUACGAAAAAUUAUCUUUCGCUAAUAUUUUUAUAACACAAUGUCUUCUAUCGACUUUGAUCCGUCUAUAAAAUUGUGUCUAAAAUAUUUGCAUUCCAGUGCUCCUGAUUCAACCGAGCAGUUAAGGUUAACUCUCGAUGAUAUUAUUAAGCAGACUUACGGCAAUUCUAAGACCUUGGGCAAUGUUUUGCCGAAGAAAUAUUUGGCUGAUGAGAAGAUGGGAUCUCCUAGAUCGAAGCAUAAAAGUGAUAAAGCUUCUAGUAGUAAGACAGUUCCCAUUCCACAGCAAAGCCCUCAGCAAAUACAGAUCCCUGAGCGAGAGAAUGAUGACGGGUCUGUGAUGGAUGGCGAGCUGGCCUUCGACCUUUUAGAAGAAGAUUUGACCUGUGCAGUGUGCAGGCAAAUAGCUGUUCAGGCUGGCAACCGCUUAGUUGAGUGUGAUGCCUGCCAUGCUCUGUAUCAUCAGGACUGCCACAAGCCGGUAAUAAGUGACAACGAUAUGGGCACUGAUUGGCAAUGUGCAUCAUGUCUUUCGUCUCAGGGGUUUUCUGCUGGAUAUCCAAGCAAGGUUACAUCUGAGGCCAAGUCCCCUACUCGCAUAUCCGGAUCAACCACACCGGUUAAGAUUUCAUCGAGCAGUUCCUCUUCUUCGUCCCCAUCUAAAGUUGUUACCCCUAACAUCAAUAUAAUAUCAGCUGAUAAACGUCUCCAGAACAUGAAGAAGAAAGCAGCAAAGCAACACGAAAAGAAGAAAAGCUCAAAAUAAAUUAGUCUCGCUGUCAUGUUUUAUGAUUAUAAAUAGAUUAUGAACAGAUAUCCAAUCCUAAUAAUUGUAAAAUCCAAUUAUUCCUCCUAUAAUCUUACUUCAAUAAAGAACCAUUAAGUGAA